AUGAACCCCGAGAGCCACCGAGCAAGGGCGAUGAUGCUCCAGGCGGCCAGGGGGCUGAAGGCUGACCUGAGGGGCACAGCCACCGGGCCCUGGAGGAUUCUGGCCAGGAUGCCGAAGUCUGAGGGGAUGGACCCAGAGGCUGCAACUGCAGGACAUGAAUGCUUACUGCUGGUUGAGAGAAGCUUUCAGAAUGCUGCUAAAAGCAAUAAUUUGGCUCUUAUGGAGAAGCCGUUUGAAAGGAAGGUUAACAUUAAUGCUGUGAACAAUAUGAACCACACAGCCCUGCACUUUGCAGUGGUGAGGAGUCAUUUAUCUGCGGUGGAUUUCUUACUGAGUCACAAAGCCUGGGUGGAUGUUGCCGACAAGCCUUUAAUUGUAAAGUUUUGGGAGUUCAUUACAGGCCCUGAGAACAGAUCAAACCUUAGUCUGACAGUAAUUCAUCUGUCAGCCUGGUUUGGAAACUUCGAGAUCAUGCUCAUGCUAGUUAAAGCUGGAGCAGACCAGAGAGCCAAGAGCCAGGAAGGAAUGAAUGCUCUCCACUUCGCAGCUCAGAACAAUAAUCUGCACAUUGUGGAUUACCUCAUUCAAGACUUGCACCUGCAGGACCUGAACCAGCCCAACGAGAGAGGAAGAAAACCAUUUCUUUUGGCAGCUGAGAGGGGCCAUGUUGAAAUGAUUGAAAAACUUAUCUUCCUUAAUCUGCAUACUUCAGAAAAGGAUGAGGAAGGGAGCACUGCCUUGCGCCGGGUUGCUAUGCAAGGCCACAAUCCAGCCGUGCAGGCACUACUAACUCAGUGGCCAGAAGUAAAUGCGACCAAUGAGAAUGGAGAAACUCUGUUGGCUGUUGAAGGAGGUUAUGAAGAAUGCAGCCGAGUACUCCUGGCAGGAGGAAGUGAUGUCGACAUUCCAAACAGACUCAGUGUCAGUGCUUUGCAGACAGCCACCCCGAAUGGCCACACAUCCCUUGUCAACUUUCUUCUCGGUGAGAAUGCUGAUUGGCAGCAGCAGAAGGAACCCAAGGAGUCACCUCUUCACUUAGCAGUUCUCAGCAACCACCCUACAGUUGUAAACAGCCUAUUAAGUGCUCAGCAUGAUGUCGACAUCUUAGAUCAGAGGCAACAGACCCCUCUGCACGUGGCUGCUGAUCUUGGAAAUGUGGAGUUGGUGGAGACACUGCUGAAGGCCGGCUGUGACCUAAAAAUCACUGACAUGUGAGGAAAGACUUCCCUGGCCGUGGCUGCCAGGAGCCACCAUAGCCUCAUCGUGGAUAUGCUCAUUAAAGCCGAGAGGUAUUAUGCCCGGAGAGAGGAGUACCACGAGAACAUCCAGGACUCAGCCGCAAGCUCGACACUGACCUGCAAGCAGGACCACAGUCUGGAGAGCAGGCGCAUCCGCACGCUCCGCUGGAACCUGGCCUACAGACAUCUGAAGGCUAAGGACUGGCAGAGGCAGGCCUGCUUUUGGAGCUUUACGGAGGACCAGAUCAGGGCCAUCGAGGAACAGUGGUCAGGUAACAAGAGCUUCCGUGAGCACGGCUACAGGGCUCUGCUCAUCUGGCUGCACGGGGCUCUGAUGACACAGCCUGACCCUGCCAAGCAGCUCUACGAGGAACAGGCGCAUGCAGGAUUCCCAGAAUUAGCCAAAAAGAUUCGUCAGUUCAAAGGUAAAACUGCAAGCUCCAAGAAAUGUGCAGUCUCCUAAGCUGAAGAAUCGACUCAAAUGCUUGCCAACUCCUCAUGCAGUUUGCUAACUUUGGUUCCUGAGGGUCACAGCUGGCUCCCGGCAGAAGCUGCUCCUCCAGGGAUGGAGUGAACACACCCCCUUCCUCAGGCUCCAGCCUCACACUGGCCUUUGCCUUUUUCUUGAGACAAACUGCUGACUUUCCCAGUUCUGUCUUUUGAUGGACAUGUGGAACACAGUAUAGCUGGAAGGGUUCUGGACCUGCUUAAAACCCAGACUCAUGUCGGGAGCAGCAUGGCGCUGCACAUGGGAAUGCAAGGGCGUGGAGAUCCGGUUUUGGAAUUGGAUUCUUGGCUGUGAGCGGUGUGCAUGUGACAUUCUCAGAUCUUUGGCUUCCUUUUCUGGUAGAUAGAAUGUUUCCUCCAGAGACUGGGGUAAAGAUGAAGGGAAAACACCAAGAAUCCCUGACCUCAAGGUGGGAUACAAGUGGGAUGCAAGUCAUAAACUCUUAUUUUUGUAAAAAAACUGCAUUUGGAAAUUCAGUCACUGCUGGCUUUAUACCAUACAAGUGCAACCUAUUAUUCAGAAAAAAAAAAAAAACCAACCCAGACAUACAACAGCGAUUUUUAAACUCUUCAUAAUCUAAAUAUGGAUAAUUUUAAUUCUUUGUAUUUUCUGGUACAUUCAAUUUUGUUCACAACAAACACUACCUUCUGUAACCUGAGAAAGUUACAAAAGGUAUCAGUUCUCAUCAUUGUUUACCUACCUAGAGUCUAAUUCUGACUUAGUCUGGGAAAGCUGGUAAGACAAUCACGAUCAAUAAUUCUAUCAUUAAUUUACAGUUUCAAAUAUUUUUCUUACAUUGAUUGUAAAUGGCCUACGUAAUACUAGGAAUGUUUAAAACAGGUAAUAUAUUCACAAGAUUCCAGAAUUUAAAAAGUCCCAUCUCAGUCUGUUCUUCAGUUUGGCCAUACCAAUGACCUUGCUAGCAUACGUCCCACAACUUAACCUCUGUAUGUAAAAUAAGUACAAAUGCAUACUUACUACAGAGUGUUUCCAUCAAACGUGUGUUCUUUAACUUAGGCCAAUAUGAAUUAUUUGGUGACUUGGACAAUCUGUAGCACUUUUAGAGUUAAAGGAUGCCUAUGAUAGUCCUAGCUACAUCAACUUCAUCAGUAUGUCCAUAGGACUUGGGUGCACAUUGAAAACCUAGCUGUCUGGGCUCCUCAAAGGUCCAGUGUAAGACCAAGGUUUCUGUAGAAAAUGGACAUGAUGCUAAGGAGGAGCCAGGUGAGGAUGCUACCAAAUUGGCUCCACUUGGUAUCAAGCUUGGCUAUCUGAUCCUAAGAACAUUCUGUUCCAAGGAGGGAUGAGGGCAUCUCAUGGCAGUUCAUACAGGAGA